UUCGCCUAUAAGUAGGCAACUAUGAUCGGAGAGAGAUUGCUUGUGUUGAUCUCACUGAUUGUGUUAUCGUUCACUGAGGACACAAAUCAUGGUUGCAAGGAUUAUGGACAGCGUUGUGAACAGUCAAACGAAUGCUGUUCGCCUUACACUUGUGAAAAUCAUUUGUGUGCGGGUUGCGUCCAGACUGGCAGUAGUUGUACAAGAAAUGAAGAUUGCUGUAUACGCACAUGUGUAUAUGGUAGAUGUGCAGUGACGUCAAAUGAAGAAGCUGGAAGAGGGAAUGAAAUUGAGGGAACUAAUGCCAACAUCAGUGAGCGCAUUUCGGUCUCACCUUACUGGGAAACUAACAAUCUCCCCUGAUUAUAUACAUAUUUAUAUUUUGUGAUUUGGGAAUAAAUUCAUUUGUUGAAAUAACGUCCUGUAAAA